CUGUUCCUGCGUUUACCCCCCUCUCCAUCUCUCCUCACUCUGGACUGAGUUUGCGGGGCAGCCGGGAGCGGACACUAUACCUUUUCUCUCUUCCUGUUUCUACAAGCAAUCUUCUCUUCAGGCAACCUGUAUGGUGGAUAUAAUAUUCAGAUCUUCUUUUUUGGAUGAUAUGGGGGAUCAUUCCAAAAAGAAGUCCGGACUUGCGAUGUGUGUAGGCUGCGGCAGUCAGAUCCAUGACCAGUAUAUUCUGCGGGUCUCCCCUGACCUGGAGUGGCACGCAGCCUGUUUGAAAUGCGUGGAGUGCAACCAAUACCUGGACGAGACGUGCACUUGCUUCGUACGGGACGGGAAAACAUACUGCAAGAGAGAUUAUGUAAGAUUGUUCGGUAUAAAAUGCGCAAAAUGCAAUUUGGGCUUCAGCAGCAGUGAUUUGGUCAUGAGAGCUCGGGACAGUGUGUAUCACAUCGAGUGUUUCCGCUGCUCGGUGUGUAGCCGGCAGCUUUUGCCCGGGGACGAGUUCUCCGUCCGGGACGAGGAACUGUUGUGUCGAGCAGAUCAUGGUCUGGCCCUGGAGCGCGGAUCAGGCAGCAGCCCUCUCAGUCCGGGACACAUCCACAGCAGAGGACUGCAUAUGGCAGCUGAUCCUGUGUCGGUCCGGCAAACUCCUCAUCGGAACCACAUGCACAAGCAAUCGGAGAAGACCACUCGGGUGAGGACAGUGUUAAACGAAAAGCAGCUACACACUUUACGGACGUGCUACAACGCAAACCCGAGACCAGAUGCGCUCAUGAAGGAGCAGCUGGUGGAGAUGACAGGCCUGAGCCCGCGGGUCAUCCGAGUCUGGUUCCAAAACAAGCGCUGCAAGGACAAGAAGAGAUCUAUCCUCAUGAAACAGUUACAACAGCAACAUGGCGAUAAGACGAAUCUGCAGGGCAUGACGGGCACUGCGCUGGUUGCAGGCAGCCCAGUUCGACACAACCCCUCAGUGCCAGGACACCCGGUGGAAGUGCAGACUUACCAGCCACCCUGGAAAGCUCUCAGCGAAUUUGCACUUCAGAGUGACUUGGAACAACCUGCCUUUCAACAGCUGGUCUCUUUCUCGGAAUCCGGUUCUUUAGGAAACUCAUCUGGCAGCGACGUGACCUCUCUUUCUUCACAGUUACCGGACACACCGAACAGCAUGGUACCGAGCCCGGUGGAGACGUGAGAGCGACUGCUCGUCUGUUCCCCGGGAAAUCAUGAGAACAGCUCGAAUCACGGACGCGGGAAAUUCCAUUAGCAUCACCGGACAGCGACAUCAGACGUGUUGAAAAACCUACACUGGGAACAGAGGAACAGUUUUUCCUAAAAUCGGUCAACAAGUCGGUGGUGACACUGGGAGUGAAAUAAUGGAAGUGAAACUCUGCAUAGUAGACCUAGAUGAGGGACCAUGUUCACUCAGAAUGGAUAUUCGUUGUUCAUUAUGAUGGCUGUUGUAGCUAUCUGUGGUUUUUGGACAUUUUUUUGAAAAAAAUAUUUUCAAAAGACUCGAUUUCAGAAGAUGGGAUUUUUUUCUUUUUCGUUGUGAAUUUAUUGGCGGACCAUUUCUGUCUCUGAACAAAAUUAAGUUAUUGUUAUUUAUUGUCACAUCAAUUCGCAAAAAAAUAAAUCAGCACAGGAAAUGUUUAUUUAUAUUUGUGAAUGUAAAAUGCGUGAAUAGGCUACUCGUAUGAAAAGGUUUAAUUUGUACAGAAAAACGGAGAGUUGGAGUACUG